UGUCGGACGCGUACACUUUUGACGAUGCUGACCGUUUCAACAACAUCUUACAGAUGCUUAUGCGUUGUUGUGUAAAGGUCAUGAAAAAGAUUCUGCCAAUAUUUGUGACUUCCCUUGGCUAUACAUGUGUGGAUCAAUUUCUUUCGACAGAAAAACCACACGUAUUAAAAAUGCCACUUGCUUCUUUGCAAAAGAACCAGGACAUUUUAUAUCCACCGACACGAAUAUUAACGAAUAUCGAGCAAUGGGACAUGUCCUUGCUUACUUGUGUUUUUACUCACAUUCAAAGGAAGCUCAUAACCAAAGAAAUCGGAAAUCCGACAGAUCCAUUUAUUAACCUAUAUAAAGCCCAAGUGCUUGCAACAACAGUGGGACAAGAACAUGAAGAAAAACUUUACCCUCAGUCAGGAAAGCCAACAAAUUUAAACAAGUGGAAUAUGUCCGUAUGUGCUUGUAUUUUCUCGGUGGUGUGCCCAAAACCAAACACUUUACAUGUCAAAAUAGCAGAGUCAUUGAAUAGUCUGAGAAAAAUGAGAAACAGUCUUUGUCACACAGAAAGUCCAGAGAUGGAACCUUUAGUUUACGAAGAACACAUAACUGUUCUGAAAGAUUUCGUUAACUCAGGGCUGACAUAUAUAGGGGAUGUUGCCUUUGAAACUGAAAUAAAGAAAGAUAUGGAUGACAAUGAAAAUGGCAAAAUGAGACGUUAUAUUGUGGCAGAUCAUAAGCAUCUUCAAUAGUCUUAUGCUAAUGAUAGAGAUACCAGUCAAAGGUUAGACGGUAUUGAGAAAGAAUUACGAAAACUCUCAUGUCAGUUACAGAAGGAUCCAGUCCAAUUGACACUGAUGUUGUUUUUUGCAAAACUGACAGACGACCACAAAAAUCUCCUCUAUUCUUCGUUUGCGGAAACUUUUACACAGCUUGUAGAAGAGAAUGCACCAGAAAUUGUUGGAGAAAUAAAUCCAGAAUUGAAAGAUUUUUUUACCCAUUCUGUCUUUCAGACCUGGAAGAUUUUUAACAAUCCUUUUGAAGGAAGGCGGGUUGUAGGUGCCAAGCGAGAGUGUCUGAAGAUCAAACUCCACUUCGACGAUGCCGUUCGGAUGUGGAAGUUCAUCAAAAUAUAUAUAUCGGGGACGCUUGACUCUUUAAUUGAACCAAUCCAAACAUUUCUAAGAACAAAAGAAGGAUUUGAGAACUUGGAAAUGACAGUGGUUCUACCGGAUGUGUUUGCUGCUUUGAAUCAAUCAGGUGAUUCUAAAGAGAUUGAUUCUAACUCUAUGAUGUGCGUAUUGGAGUUGUUGAAUCAAAGGUUGGUUCCUUUAGAACAAAACCAACAAGAUGACACGGUUCGCAAAAGUCUUGAAAUGAAGAGGACGAGUAGUCAGCAGUACAUAACCAAUGCCGGUGUCCAAACCGGGGAAAUGGAAUCUGAGGGACCCGAAGAGACUUUCGUUGAAAUAAAAGAGCGAUUAGUAGUAGAAGAAUCUAAAACGCCUUUGGUGGAAUUACAUUUGGAUGAAUCUGGACAAACGAUAAUGCCUUUGACUUCGGAAGAUACAGAAACUCCUAUUAAAGGAUAUACUAUUGAAAACACCGGGGAAAAGGUUAUGACAACGAUAUCGAAAGAACCUGUAAAGCUCGUUGAAGAAUUGACUGUUGACGAGUCUGGGCAAAAGGUUAAGACUCCGAUGCCAAAAAAAUCGGAAAAGCCAAUUAAGGAGUUACCUAUUGAAAUAUCCGAAAAGCCGAUGACGAUAUUGCCGACCAAUGUGUAUGAACCGAUGAAAGAAUUAGUCAGUUAUACAUGUGGGGCUUGUUUCGAAGAUAUAAUAAGAGUUCAAUACAUGGUCAAAUGCAAGGACUGCGACAAGAUACUUUGCUCUGAUUGUGCCCGAGUUCACAGAAAUUCGGAUUUGUCAAGAGAUCACAUUAUCAUAGUGCAACAAGCUGAUGAUCUCAUCAACACGAAGUUCAAACCAGCCGCAACCAUCACCGUGGAGUAUCCUUCUCACCACCGAGGCGGCUUCUUGUCUGACUUAUUCCUCCUGCCUAGAGACAAGCUGCUACUUGGUGAUUGGAACGACAGGAAAGUGAAGUUGGUUGACCUGCGAACAAACAACCUUCUGUCCCAGGUGAGUGUGCCAGGUCAUCCAAUGGGCAUGUGUCUCAUAUCCGAGAACAGAGUGGCUGUAACUUUACGAAUUACAGGAAUGAUAGGAAGUAUUCAGUUCGUGGAAAUAAAUGGACAACUAUGCCUUGGGGAGAGUAUCAAGUUGGAUGGGGGCUGUCUAGCUAUUGGUUACCAUAAUGACAGGUUAAUAGUGUCUUACAGGAGUGGAAAGGUGGAGAAAAUGGACAUGAGUGGAAAAGUUAUUGAGAAGAUAGACAGUGAUGACAGUGGGAAGCCAGUGUUCGGCUAUCCAUGGCAAUUGACAGUGGUCGGUGAAGGGCAGGAAGCAGUACUAUAUGUAUCCGACAAUUAUAAAAACACCAUUACAAAGCUCGACAUGGACUUGAACAUCCUCCAGACAUUCGAAGACCCUGCACUGAGAGAACCAGCAGGCAUCACAGCAGUGGGAAACCAGCUGCUUAUCUGUGAUAGAGGUAGUAACAACAUAAUGUGCCUAGACUUGACGAGUAGCCAGAUGACCCAGCUGCUGAAGAAAAAUGCGGAACAGAACCCAAAGAGUGUUUGCUACAGUCAGCAGCAGAAAAGGCUUUAUGUCACCGGUGAACAUGACAAUGUUGUUAGUGUGUAUAUGUCAUCAAUUACUAUUUAGAUAGGGAAGGGAGAGUGAGGAAAAAUACCAAACACAGCUAACCACUAUUAUAUAAACACCCUGUGUAUCUGAAAGUGGUCAGUGAAGGUCAGAAUGCGGUCAUAUAUGGGUCAAACUAUUGGAAACGCAACCAACAUGAAACUCAACAUCCCCCAUACAUAAAAGAAUCCUGCAUUGAGAUCACUAAGACGCAUCACUGCAUUUAGUGUGUUUAUUUACACACUGUUGUGCCUGGACAUGCUCAUCGGCAAACAUGACCAAACUACUGGAGAAUAUAAGUAGUGACUACAUGAGCUACAGAGUGUUUCUAACUGCCAGCAGCUUACAGUCAAAACGAGAAUGAUCAAGUGUUUAAGGAAAUUAUUUCAGGAUAUAAACACGUAACAUUUUGCCUUGUGCAGGCGCCUUAACUUACUCAGUGGUCACAUGACCAACAGGUGGAAGAGGAGAAGGGUUUUAUAAGUUAUAUCAGAAUAUAAUGCAUGUUGCCUGCGAGUGUAUCACAGAUAUAAUAAUGUCGAUAUUUAUCAUGCAUUCACAAGUAUUAAAAAUAAAAAAUAAAAACUUUUAACAAAUAUUUAUUUCCAUCAACCAUCUGUGGUUGUAUAUAUAUGUA